UGGCUUUUUCUCUCCUAGGAUGGUACAAAACAGAAACGAGAGCGGAAAAAGACCGUCUCGUUCAGCAGCAUGCCCACAGAGAAGAAGAUCAGCAGUGCAAGCGACUGCAUCAACUCCAUGGUGGAGGGGUCUGAGCUCAAAAAGGUCCGCUCCAACUCUAGAAUUUACCACAGGUAUUUCUUGCUGGACGCCGACAUGCAGAGCCUGAGGUGGGAACCAUCCAAGAAGGAUUCCGAGAAAGCCAAGAUUGAUAUUAAGUCCAUCAAGGAAGUGAGGACGGGGAAAAAUACAGACAUAUUCCGCAGCAAUGGCGUUUCUGACCAGAUAUCCGAAGACUGUGCGUUUUCCGUCAUCUACGGAGAGAAUUAUGAGUCACUCGAUCUGGUUGCCAACUCUGCAGACGUUGCAAACAUCUGGGUCACGGGACUGCGGUACCUAAUUUCUUAUGGAAAACAUACCCUUAACAUGUUAGAAAGUAGUCAGGACAACAUGAGGACUUCCUGGGUUUCACAGAUGUUCAGUGAAACUGAUGUAGAUAACCUGGGACAUAUAACUCUGUGCAGUGCCGUGCAGUGUAUCAGGAAUCUCAAUCCUGGCUUAAAAACAAGCAAAAUUGAGCUGAAGUUCAAAGAACUGCAUAAAUCCAAGGACAAAACUGGUACUGAUGUCACAAAGGAGGAGUUUGUUGAGGUUUUCCACGAGCUUUGUACUAGACCUGAAAUUUAUUUCCUUUUAGUUCAGUUCUCAAGCAAUAAAGAAUUCCUUGAUACCAAGGACCUGAUGAUGUUUCUGGAGGCAGAGCAGGGCGUGGCGCACAUAAACGAGGAGAUAAGCCUUGAGAUUAUCCACAAAUACGAGCCAUCCAGAGAGGGUCAGGAGAAGGGCUGGCUUUCCAUAGAUGGGUUCACUAACUACCUUAUGUCACCCGACUGUUACAUAUUUGACCCAGAGCAUAAGAAGGUCUGUCAGGACAUGAAGCAGCCUCUGUCUCAUUACUUUAUAAAUUCAUCUCACAACACAUACUUGAUUGAGGAUCAGUUCCGAGGCCCCUCUGAUAUCACAGGGUACAUCCGAGCUCUUAAAAUGGGUUGCCGGAGCGUGGAAUUGGACGUCUGGGACGGGCCGGAUAAUGAGCCUGUGAUUUACACAGGCCACACCAUGACGUCUCAGAUCGUCUUCCGCAGCGUCAUCGACAUCAUCAACAAGUAUGCCUUCUUCGCUUCCGAGUACCCGCUCAUCCUGUGUUUGGAAAAUCACUGUUCCAUCAAACAGCAGAAGGUCAUGGUGCAGCACAUGAAGAAGAUUUUAGGAGACAAGCUGUACACAACGUCACCCAACGUCGAGGAAUCUUACCUGCCAUCCCCAGACGUCCUGAAAGGGAAGAUCCUCGUCAAAGCGAAGAAGCUGUCCUCCAACUGCUCCGGGGUCGAGGGUGAUGUCACCGACGAGGACGAGGGGGCGGAGAUGUCCCAGAGGGUGGGCAAGGAGAACACAGAGCCGUCCAACCACGUGCCUGCCAAGCGCUUCCAGCUCUGCAAAGAGCUGUCGGAGCUGGUGAGCAUCUGCAAGUCCGUGCAGUUCAAGGAGUUCCAGGUGUCCUUCCAGGCUCAGAAGUACUGGGAGGUCUGCUCCUUCAACGAAGUGCUGGCCAGCAAGUAUGCCAAUGAGAACCCCGGGGACUUCGUCAAUUACAACAAGCGCUUUCUGGCCCGGGUCUUCCCCAGUCCGAUGAGGAUUGACUCCAGCAACAUGAACCCGCAGGAUUUUUGGAAGUGCGGCUGUCAGAUCGUGGCCAUGAACUUCCAGACUCCGGGGCUGAUGAUGGACCUGAACGUGGGCUGGUUCCGGCAGAACGGGAACUGCGGCUACGUGCUGCGGCCGGCCAUCAUGCGGGAGGAGGUCUCCUUCUUCAGCGCCAACACCAAGGACUCGGUGCCGGGGGUCUCCCCACAGCUGCUCCACAUCAAGGUCAUCAGCGGGCAGAACUUCCCCAAGCCCAAAGGCUCGGGCGCCAAGGGCGACGUGGUGGACCCGUACGUGUACGUGGAGAUCCACGGCAUCCCGGCUGACUGCGCGGAGCAGAGGACAAGGACCGUGCACCAGAACGGGGACGCGCCCAUCUUCGACGAGAGCUUCGAGUUCCAGGUCAACCUGCCCGAGCUGGCCAUGGUGCGCUUCGUGGUCUUGGACGACGACUACAUCGGCGACGAGUUCAUCGGCCAGUACACCAUCCCCUUCGAGUGCCUGCAGACGGGCUACCGCCACGUGCCGCUGCAGUCGCUGACCGGGGAGAUCUUGGCGCACGCCUCCCUGUUCGUGCACGUGGCCAUCACCAACCGGAGAGGGGGCGGCAAGCCUCACAAGAGGGGCCUCUCGGUGCGGAAGGGGAAGAAGUCCAGGGAGUACGCGUCCCUGAGGACGCUGUGGAUCAAAACUGUGGACGAGGUCUUCAAGAACGCCCAGCCCCCGAUCCGGGACGCCACGGACCUCAGGGAGAACAUGCAGAACGCAGUGGUGUCCUUCAAGGAGCUGUGUGGCCUCUCGUCCGUGGCCAACCUCAUGCAGUGCAUGCUGGCGGUGUCUCCCCGCUUCCUGGGACCUGAUAACACGCCCCUGGUGGUCCUGAACCUCAGCGAGCAGUACCCCACCAUGGAGUUGCAGGGGAUCGUGCCCGAGGUGCUGAAGAAGAUCGUGACGACUUACGACAUGAUGAUCCAGUCCCUCAAGGCAGUGAUCGAGAACGCAGACGCCGUGUAUGAAAAGAUUGUACACUGCCAGAAGGCAGCUAUGGAGUUCCACGAGCACCUGCACAGCAUCGGCACCAAGGAAGGCCUGAAGGAACGCAAACUGCAAAAGGCGGUGGAGAGCUUUACCUGGAACAUCACCAUCCUAAAGGGACAAGCCGACCUCUUGAAAUACGCCAAGAACGAGACCGUGGAGAACCUGAAACAGAUCCACUAUGCGGCCGUCUCCUGUGGACUCAACAAACCGGGCACAGAAAACGCCGACGUCCAGAAGCCGCGGCGGAGCCUCGAGGUCAUACCCGAGAAGGCAAACGAUGAGACUGGGGAAUGAGGGGACUUUCUGGAGAGGAGCACAGAGUCUGCAACUCGAGGACCAACUGUCAGCCUGAUGGGACAUUUGCUUUGCACUCACUAAUGAAAAUAAUAUUGGGGAUUUUAAAGCACAACUGGAAUAGCUAAUUGCAGUCUUAAAACUGUGAAUGUAUGUAGCAACCCUGCUUAUGGAGGCAAAUAAACUCUUUAACAAGAAA